GCAAGGCAGCGUCGCCAUACGGAACAUCCUGCCCUCAACGGAGAGGGGGGAGGAGAGACACAGAGAGAGAGAGUCUGAGCGUGUGUUCACAUGGAGAGAGAGAGAGAGAGGGGAUAGAGAGAGCCCGUGUGUGUUGAGAGAGAGAAAUAGAGAGACGAGGUCUGGCGUCUCCCGGUAGUAAAUUAUCAGGUUUCGCGCAUAAAAAAAAACUCUGAGAAACAGACAGAGAAGAGGGAGAAGAGGCCGCUUAGCUUUACUGGCGAGAAGCAGCGCGUAAAGCCUUGGAUUAAAAACUAGCAGGACGGAUGGUCGCGCUCUGAAGUUGGACAGACUACCCAGACACCGAGAGCAAGCAGGCGGCAGCGGUACCAGCUCCUGUGUCCCCCCUUUCCUCACUCCCUCCCCCCAUCCCGAACCCCCUGAAGGCAGCGGCAGCAGCAGCAGCAGCGGCGGCGGCGGCACCGUGAGGCUGUGCCCGCGCACCCAGACCAUGAAGCUGCCUUGGCUCCUAGCGCUCACGGCGGUGCUUGCUCACGCCACCACGGGACAGAAGUGGUCGCAGCCCAUCGAUGACGAAGGCUCGACGAGAGAUGAGUUUUACGACGACGAGGACCUCUACUCAGGCUCCGGCUCCGGCUUUCCUGAGAUCAGCGUGAGGCCGACGUCUUUGGGCGUGGCCUUCACCACGGAGGAGACCCUCCUCCUCUCCACGACCCAGGCCACUAGCCCCGCCCCCUCCGCCUCACCCGCAGCCGAGCCCAGCCCCAGCCCCAGCCCGGACGACGUCACCUCCACGCCGCCGACCACCGAGGCUGACGGAGAGAGCGGUGCAUUCUAUGAGAGGGAGAGGGAGCUGGAGAGAGAACGAGAGCUGGAGAAGGAGAGACAGAUGGAGCUGGAGAGGGAGAAGGAAAGGGAGAGGCAGUUGGAGAGGGAGAGAGAAAGGGAGAGGGAGAGGGAGCGGGUCAGAGAGAUGGAGAGGGAGAGGGAGAGGGAGAGAGAACGUGAGCGAGAGAGGGAGAGGGAGAGAGAGCGGGAGAGGGAGAGAGAAAGGCAAAGAGAGAGGGAGCUCGAAAGGGAGAGAGAGCUGGAGCGGAUCAGGGCGGCGGCGCAGACCACCGCGACCCCGCGGUCACCUGAAGCCGUUCCCGUGGUGACCACCAACCCGGCAACCAGUCCCGUGGAAAGCGCGGCACCCUCUGCGGGUUCAGACGACCUGAGCACCACAGAAGAAGAAGACGUAGAUGACAUCUACCUGUCGACCACGCCCUCCCUGGUUUACCCGGACAUAGAAACCACCACAGAAGAAGACGCGGCCACCGCAGCAGAGGCCACCCCUGAGCCUACGACAGCCGCACCUACCACGACGACCACCUCGGCCGUCACCACCGCAAAGACCAGGGUCCCGUUCAGGCCCAGGGUUCCCAUGACAACAGCCACUCAGGCGGCGCCGACAGAGAGAACGACACGACCACAGCAGCCCACGGCAACACAGGAGAGCAACAAUGAGGUGGGAGCCGUGGGACCGAGCGGAGAUUUCGAAAUCCGCGAGGAUCGCCGCAAUGGUCUCGGCCGAGGUUUAAUGCCAGUGGAUCCCGAUCUGAGCGGUAACACGGUGGACGGAGGAAGCUCUGCUGCUCAGCUGCCUCAGAAGAACAUCCUGGAGAGAAAAGAGGUUUUGAUAGCGGUGAUAGUUGGGGGCGUGGUGGGCGCCUUGUUCGCCGCCUUCCUGGUGAUGCUGCUGGUGUACAGGAUGAAGAAGAAGGACGAGGGCAGCUACACGCUGGAGGAACCCAAACAGGCCACGGUCACCUACCAGAAACCAGACAAGCAGGAGGAGUUUUAUGCAUAACAGAGAGACAACGCCGCACGGCGAGGGAGAGAGCUCGAGCGAGAGAAGAAAGAAAGAUACUCUAAGCCCUGCCCUCCUCUUCCUCCUCCACCUCCUCUUUCUCCUCUUUUUCUUCUUCUUCUUCUUCUUCGUCGCCUUCCCCCCCUCAUCUGCUCGACUCCUUUCGUCCCUCUCUCCUCUCGUCUCCAAAACACUCAAGAGCGCCUUUCUCUCUGCGGACUUGGAACUUUCUUUUCAAUGAAAACGAACAAAAGAGGACAAAAAAAGGAAAUAAAAUCCAAAUAUACUCAGAAAAAAAAAAAAAAUAACACAUACACACGAGAUGUUUUUAAAGUAAAUGUUGUUAUUAAUAUUCUACAGAUUCUCUUGUUCUGUAUGUGAUAAUAUGAUUAUUUUGUAAAAAAAAAAAGAAAAAAAGGUACAAAACACAUGCUCUUAACCUGUGUUUUCCGCCACAAGACAAGAGCUCCUCUUCUGGUUUUACGGAGCGAAUAAACGUGAGAGGAGAGGAGAGGAGAGGAGAGGAGGGGGGGUGGAGCGAGCUGAGGGACACAAAACAAGAGAGCGCCGGGCUCGACUCCGCCCCUCACCACCCCCCCCCAACAAAGAAAACACGCAGAGCGUCUGGUUGGCCGCACAGAGCCCAGGGUCAAAGGUGAGAGGAAAGGUCUUUUUUGUGCCUUCCGGCCCUCUGGUGCUCAAAGACACGCACAAACAGCUUACAGCCACAUAAACACGCAGUUUCACGAACACACACACACGCGCGCUCACUCACACACUCGGAUCUGCUCGAAGGUGGCGCUGACCUCUCUCUCUGUGCUCGGCCAACCAGAAAACGGUGCUCAACCCUCGGCGUGUUUCACGACGUCAAGGAGCCGCUGUGGAAACACUUGUCUGGUCCCACCCCCCCACCCCGGCUCACACCGAGCUGGGGGGGCACCUCUGCUCCUCUAAGCUGUACAAAGACUAGUUAUGGAUAGUAAUAAUAAUCAAUAAUAUAUCAAUGUUCUUGGGCUGGAUGGUGAAUAAUAAUAAUAAUUAUAAUAAUAAUAAUAAUGCCGUAAUAAUAAUAAUAAUGAUAAUAAACUGAAAACAGGAGGAUGUGUAUUUAGCAGUUUAAAAAAAAAAAAGUUUAUAUGUAAAUAUCAGCGUAUCCUUUCUGGCGUCACUAACCAUCUGCAUGAUCAUGAAGAGUUUUUAUUCAUCACAUCCGUCAUCACUUUAGACGAGCUGUGCUCCUGUCACACAAACACACACACACACACACACACAGCUGCAGACGUAAAACUUGCAUCUAAGCGCACCACACGGACUUUUAAAUACACUGUUCGUCAUGUCAUGUCGAAAGCAUCACCCUCACCCUCAUCCUCAUGUGUGGCGGUCGUCGCUCAUCAUUCGAGUCAGAUCAGGUGGUUUCAGUACGUUAUUGAUUAGUUAUCGAUCAGUUGCUGGUUGGUUUAGAGUUUGCUCUGUUUGUGUAAAAGCACAACUACAUGUCCGGUCAUCUUGACAUCCGCUAACCCUCCCCUCCUCACACACACACACAAACACAAACACACUUUUUGCAUGCUUCGCUUUCUUUUCCUUCCACCAUUGGCUCUCUGUUUGGGAGCAGGAGGGGCAUCUGGGAAGCAUGAGGGGGCUUUAAUGAAAAAGUGCUCGCAGGAAGUCGCUCCCACGCGCACUUAUCUGGCCCACGUCAUAACAUUUGUCGUUGAAGCUUCGAGUUAUGAGAGGAGCUAGUGUCAGUGAGGAAAAACUUGAACCUGCUGUCGGACCAUUCUGGGGAAGGGGGAGGGGGGGGGAGGGAGGAGGGGGGGGUGAGGAGACGGGAGGGCUGUGCUUCUAUCUAAGAGAUUGUAACAAUAACCACACCAGUGCGACUGGGCUAGUAGCUUCUAUUAUACUCAGUACUGUAGAUCAAAAAAAUGCAUGGGAGUCAAAUCUAUACUCGUCUGGGUGUGUGUGCGGAUGCCUGUGCGUGUCUUUUUGUGCGCGUGUGUGUUUUGAAAGAAAAGAGGGGCGAGUUAAAGUCAGAAUGUACUGUGGUCGGGUGUGUGUUUACCUACUCCAGCAGUUCUCACGCUCUUCCACAGACGGGUAACGCACCUCUUCCACUCAUGUGUGUUCAAUCACCUGCCACCCUCCCCUCCCCCUCCAUCCCCUCCCCCCUCGCCGCCACCCCCUUUCCACCAGUGAGAGAAUACACAUGUGUGUGCGUCUACACCUCACCUGUACCUGCCCCCUGCACAUGUGUGCAUGCAUGAGUGCUUCACCUUGGUAUUUCACAGCAGACUCUUGUGUACACUGACUAGCCUGUCGACGUGUGUGUGUCCACGGCUGGACGCGGCAGAUGCUUGUCCCGCACGGCGGCUUCGAUCACACACACUGACUGUGUCUUUUCGCUGUCUGUCUGACUCGUGCACCUGUCUGUCUCUCUGCCGCAGGACAGACGGACGGACAGGCGACGCACCAUUUUCUCACAGGCGGGAAUGAUCUUAACACGUACUGUCUUUUCUAAAGUGACUGUCGAAGCGUAAACAUGUGCGUUUGUACCCAUCUAAGCCUGCGUAGCCAAAUAAGACUUGUGUGUGUGUCUCUGUGUGCGCGAGAGAGUGAAAGAGGGUUAAUUUGUAUGUGUGUGUGUGUGAGUCUAAGUGUGUGAAUGCGUGUGAAGCCCAGUGUGGGCUACACUAUUCUAUGUUUGCUGUUCCCAUUCCUGUUUUUAUACAUUUGCAUUUUUUUAAGGCUGAGUUUCUGUCAUUGGCUGAGUGAGCGAGAGGAGGCGGAUCCUCGAAGCCACCGCCCUGUCACUAAUCUGCCACUCUGUUCCAAAUAAAAAACCUGAUUGGGUAAA